CCUCAUCGUAGGGGCGGAGUCUUUUUCCCUUCCAUUUCAAUGAAUAAAGCGAAAAUAGGGCCACCCCGAACUUUCAAAAUUUGAACCAAGCGUGUCCUGCAGAGCUUCGAUUUGCGGGUCAUCUUCGUGAAAAAUCAAAGAAUGUUGUUGGUCUGCUCAUUCUUUCUCGCGGAUCUACUCGCCUGGUACAAUCUCGUACCUAUCGCCAUCUAUUGUUGAUUCAAGUUUAGUUCUGACAGUUGAGAGAUGGGGCGGAUUGCUUGGAACCACUGAAGAAUUCUCUGCGUGUUCGAUGGAGUUCACGGAAGGCUAUAAGCAGACUGGCCCUUGCUGCUUCUCGCCCAAUGCUCGGUUUCUUGCCGUCGCCGUCGAUUACCGCCUCGUGAUCCGCGAUGUUCUGUCGCUCAAGGUUGUGCAGUUAUUCUCGUGCUUGGAUAAGAUAACCUAUAUUGAAUGGGCACAAGAUUCUGAAUACAUACUCUGUGGCCUCCAUAAGAGACCAUUGAUACAGGCUUGGUCAUUGACGCAGCCUGACUGGACAUGCAAAAUAGAUGAGGGUGCUGCUGGUAUUGCUUAUGCAAGGUGGAGCCCCGACAGCCGCCACAUACUUACUACAUCUGAUUUCCAGUUGCGGUUAACUGUCUGGUCAUUGGUUAACACAGCAUGCGUGCAUGUCCAAUGGCCAAAGCAUGCUUCAAAGGGGGUCUCUUUCACCAAGGAUGGAAAAUUUGCUGCUAUUUGCACUAGGCGUGACUGCAAGGAUUAUGUUAAUCUGCUCUCUUGCCACUCAUGGGAGAUAAUGGGUGUUUUUGCCGUAGAUACAUUAGAUUUGGCUGAUACUGAAUGGUCACCAGAUGAUAGUGCUAUAGUGAUCUGGGAUUCUCCUCUUGAAUAUAAGGUUCUGAUUUACUCUCCAGAUGGGAGGUGUCUAUUUAAGUAUCAAGCUUAUGAAAGCGGACUUGGUGUAAAGAGUGUUUCAUGGUCUCCUUGUGGACAAUAUCUUGCAGUGGGCAGUUAUGACCAGAUGCUACGGGUUUUAAAUCACCUAACUUGGAAAGUAUUUGCUGAAUUCAUUCACCUAUCCACUGUCCGUUCUCCUUGUUGUGCUGCUGUCUUUAAGGAAGUAGACGAGCCAUUGCAACUUGAUAUGUCUGACUUAUGUUUAAAUGAUGAUUUUAUGCAGGGGACUUCUGAAAAUCCCUCUGGACGUAUCCAAGUUAGGUAUGACGUCAUAGAAUUGCCCGUUACCUUACCUUUUCAGAAGCCUCCUGCAGAUAAACCAAAUCCCAAACAAGGAGUUGGUCUCAUGUCUUGGAGCAACGAUAGUCAGUAUAUCUGCACUCGCAAUGACGGCAUGCCUACUAUUCUCUGGAUAUGGGACAUGCGCCAUCUUGAGCUUGCUGCCAUCUUAGUCCAAAAAGAUCCAAUCCGAGCUGCAGCCUGGGACCCUACAUGCACACGCCUCGUAGUGUGCACUGGAAGCCCUCACUUGUACAUGUGGACUCCUUCGGGUGCUUACUGCGUGAAUGUUCCACUGCAGCAGUUUGCCGUAACCGAUCUGAAAUGGAAUUCGGACGGGAGCUGUCUUCUCCUCAAAGACAAGGAGUCAUUCUGUUGUGCUGCUGUGCCUGCACUCUCAGAAUCCAGUGAUUAUAGCUCAGAUGAUUGAAAAUAGGCUUUGUAAACUUAGUUGUAGUCUAGCCAGCUUGGAGAAAUAUGGAAAAAAUGGAAAAUGCAGGAUCCAAAACUGAUUUUGAUUAACCUAGCAGAGGUGAUUCCAUUAGAGCUCUCGUAACAUGACAUGUUGAUAAUGUAAUGAUAUGGCUGACUUAACAGCCAUUGCCAGGUGGUUGUUUUUAAGCUAAUGUUUCUUAAUGAUUUUGUACA